UACAAGCAAUCCUUUUUCUCUUCCACCUCUCUAAACUUUCUCUACUUUAAAUUCACAUUCUUUAUAUAUACACAUACAUAUACAGCAAAAAACCACAAAUGCACUACUUUGUUUUUCAACUCUAAUUAAUUUUGUAAAGCCAAAAAAAAAAAAAAAAAAAUCCUUUUUUGAGGUAAAAAAAUGAAGAAAUCCAAGGGAUACAAACAUCAUAUUUGUGUCAUAAGUUGGUGCACUUUUGUGCUAUGGAUUGUGAUUAAUCACUAAUCAUAAUCAACAACAACAACAUGGCUAAUUUCUUUUCAUUAGGUGGCAGCCAAGAACAACAACAUCAAGAAAUUAGCAGCAGCCAAGCAAUAGUACCCACAGAUCAGAGUAAUAAUUGGUUUUUGUACAGAAAUGAUCAUCAUCAUAAUCAAGAAAUACCCAACACUUACAAAGGUUUCGAGUUGUGGCAAAGUGGUAACACUCCACAACACCAACCAGAACAACAACAACAACAACAAUUUCGUCAUCCAAUUUAUCCUUUGCAAGAUCUUUAUUCCGCUGAUGUUGGAUUAGGUGUCGGGCCAAGCCGAAGUGGCUUUGAUAUAUCUGCAGGUGAUCAUGAGGCGUCGAGGUCGGGAUUCGUGAUGAUGAGGAGUGGUGGAGGAGGAAUAAGUUGCCAAGAUUGUGGGAACCAAGCUAAGAAAGAUUGUCAACAUAUGAGGUGUAGGACUUGUUGUAAGAGUAGAGGGUUUCAGUGUCAAACUCAUGUGAAAAGUACUUGGGUUCCAGCAGCUAAAAGGAGAGAAAGGCAACAACAACUUACUGCUUUGCAUCAACAACAACAACAACAAGGACAUAAUAAUAAUAAUAAGCAUAAAAGGCAAAGAGAGGAUCCAAGUGCUUCUUCUCUUGUGUCUACUCGUUUGCCUUCAAACACUAAUGGGUUAGAAGUGGGAAAAUUUCCAGCAAAAGUACGUACAAGUGCUGUAUUUCAGUGUAUUCAAAUGAGCUCAAUUGACGAUGAUGAAGAUCAACUAGCAUAUCAAGCUGCUGUGAGCAUUGGUGGACAUGUGUUCAAAGGAAUUUUAUAUGAUCAAGGUCAUGAAAGUCAGUACAAUAACAUGGUUGCAGCCGGAGGCGAUACGUCUUCUGGUGGUAGUGCUGGAGUUCAGCACCACCACCAUAAUUCCGCUGCAGUGGCUACCGCCACUACUACAAGUGGUGGCGAUGGUACUGCAGCGGGUCCCUCAAAUUUUCUAGACCCUUCUUUAUUUCCAGCUCCACUUAGCGCUUUUAUGGUAGCUGGUACGCAAUUUUUUCCACCUUCAAGAUCUCCCUAAUCAUCAUCAAUAUAGUAUAAUGACUGAAUAUUGAUAUUGAGGUUUCUUUUUAAUUUUAUGUGAAGAGAU